AUGGCUAAGCUUGGUUGCCCUAUCUAUGUUUGUGUUUUCAUCUUCUUUCAUUUAUUACAACUAUUCUCAUAUGGUGUUGGAGAUGUUCUUGAAGUACCACCAUUCAACAUUAACCAACGGUCUCUUUUGCAAUAUCUGUCCCUUGGGGAUAUCAAAAUUGAUUUGCCAGCUCUUUAUAUAUUUGGAGACUCCUGCGUGGACGAUGGAAACAACAAUUUUUUGCCCCAGUCUGCUGUAGCAAAUUAUCUACCAUUUGGAAUUGAUUUUGAUGGAAAACCUACUGGUCGUGCCACCAAUGCUACAUUGGAUGGUUUUCAAUACCCGCCACCAAUUUUGGGUAUGUCUGAGGCAGACAGGAAAAUAACUCGGACUGGUGUGAACUAUGCCUCUGGUUCUUCUGGGAUUCUUUCUGAAAAUGGACGCUCUAUGCACAUGAAUGUGCUCAACUUCUUCCAACAAGUAGACUUGUUUGAGAACACAACCUUGAAGGAUUUGAAGAGUUCAUUUAGCAACACAGAAAGUUUCACUGAAUACCUCUCCAAGUCUGUUUUUUUUAUCCAUAUUGCGAGCAAUGACUUAGGGCUUACCUAUGAAACUACAACACCGAAAGACUCUCCAGAUAAAUAUACUGAAAUGAUUGUUGAAGAGCUUUUUAAGCAAUUGCAGAGAUUAUAUAAGCUAGAUGCUCGCAAAUUUUUGGUGAAUAACGUAUCUCCGUUAGGGUGCCAACCAUUUAACAUAAAUAUAAAAAACCACAUAACAUCAUGUGUCGAAGAAGUGAAUGAGCAUUAUAUAUAUAUAUACAACAAGCUUCUUUCCAAUUCGUUAACAAAGUGGCAAUCUACUCUUUCAGGAUCUAAGUUCGUUCUUGAAGACCUUUACAAGAUUUUUCAAGAUGUCUAUGCAUCAUAUGGAGUUAAGGAUGUAAACACUUCUUGUUGCUUAGAUAGGAACGGGGCUAGGAUUCUUCCUUGCGCUCAAAAUGUUGCACCAUGCGAAGAUAGAAAGAGUCGUGUAUUCUUUGAUCCAUUCCACCCCAGUGAAAGCAUGCAUUUCCUAUGGGCCAGGCGUCUGUUGAAGGAUUCCUCUGUUUGCUCCCCCAUCAAUUUGACUCAGUCGAUGCAAGCUUAA